AGAGAUUACAUGGCAGACAAUUAUGUAAUAAAAUUUCUGAAAAAGGACACGGAUCACAUUGAGUUUGCAUACUUCGCCAUUUUCGACGGACACGGAGGCCCCGAAGCAUCAGCUUUUUGUAGAGACAACCUUCUUAACGAAAUAAUCAAGUAUGAUGGCUUUUGGACCGACGACGACAAAAAAGUUUUGGAUGCUAUAAGAAAAGGUUUUCUUGAUACUCAUCGCGCCAUGUGGAAUGUACUUGGUAAGACUUAAGUCUUAAAGUUAAAAUAAAGAGUCUUAACUUCAUUCAAUUUCAAAUAUAUUUCAAAACCCACUUUUCUGCAAACAUAUACUAUUGUUUACUUUACUCUAUACUAAAGACAAAGAAUAAAACCUGGAGACCGGUUUUUCCCAACGUGGAGCCCAGGCCCCACAGGGGGGCAAUUUGAUGGUAUAGGGGAGCGAUUCGAAAAUGAGCUGUCUAGAGUCUAGAAUUUGAAAUCCAUCUUGAGGCGCAUUGGAAGGCCACACAUAGUAGUUGUCAUAUUAUUUCAGAAUUACAUUACUUUCAAACAUUAAAGAAAAAAUAGGAAAAAGAAAACCUUAAAUCUGUUUACUGCUCAUACUGCGACUGUCAAUCGUACGCUUGAGGCUAGUUAAUAGUUAUGAAAUUUAUUCAUUCAUAGCUAAAUUUGGGAAAAAUCCUACUAUAGAGAGAAGUUAAUCAAACCAUGAAUAUCAGUGUUUCUUAAAACUUUUCUGGAAAAAGAUGACAAAGACGUGAAAGUUAUGCCACUCAGUAGCAAAAGAAAAGAUGAAAUGUGUGAUUUUGAAAUACAAAUUGUUGAAAAGCUGAAAACAAAAAAACUCUAAGUGCCGCAAAUGGAUGAAUCGGCUAAUCCUAGUUACGAUUGCCACGACUUAUUUACCAGGGAGUGACUUCCCUUUGUUUAUUUUUACUAAAUUAUUUUAGGGUUCAGGUUAGGCAUAGGGAUCAAUGUAUAGGGUUCAGGUUAGCGUCUAUUCAAGCUAUUUUGUGAAAAACAAAUUGCAGACCAUCUGAGACUUUUACUUGAAACUGAAGUAAGGUGGCUCUCGAAAGGAAAUUGCUUGAAAAGAUUUAUGGAACUAUUUGACACUCUUGUUGACUUUUUAAGUGAGAAACCUGAAAUGAAGUACCUGUUGAUGCUAAAGUAUUUGUGAGUUAUUUAUUUAGAGAUAUCUUUGAAAAACUAAAUACUGUAUAUUAAAUAACCAUCUUCAAGGAGCAAAUAAAGACUCUUGUUGAUGCAAAAGCAAAGAUAUUUGGUUCUAUUACAUUUAUUGAAUUGUGUCAGAAAUGUUUGUAACAAAAAUGUUGAAAAGUUUCAUUGGCUCAAAAAAAGUGAAGUGAUUGAUACCGCUAUUAAAAAUUAUAUAUAACCUUGGGGAGGGGAGGGGGGGGGCAUAUGAAUUUUAGAAAGGCUUUGGUGGGGCGUGGCACUUAAAAGGUUGGGAAACACUGUUAUAGUCUAUAUAGUGACUUAAUUGUGUUAAUAAAAUUAGGCCUAUGGUACUAAGGUGCAGUUUGAAUUUAUUUAUUUUCUUCACUCUGCAAUAGUGAACACUACUAUUAUUAUUGCUAACAAAGCCAAGGCCUUGUAAACAUGUCUUAAUUUAUUCAAGAGUUGAUGUGUUGACAGUGUAGGCCCUAUAAUAUCAGCCUUAUACUUAUGCACAUAAUAACAUAUGCUAUAUGAAUAUUUAAUACUAGAAUGAAUAUAAAUACUCAUUCAUAGUAUAAAGCUGAGAUUAAGUUGAAAAAAAAAAAAAUUCAACUCAAGCAGUUUCCAGAGGAAUUAACAAAAAAGGCUCUAACUCAAACAUUAUGUCCUUUUCAUGUCACAUCAUUUACUAUUCCAUUGUUAAUUGUUUUUACCAUUAUGCCUAUGUCCAAUAUAUUUUUAUACAUGCUAUUGUUUUACAGUCUUGUAAUGCAGGGAACUUUUUACUGUUUCUUGAUUCUUAACAAUGCAGAAUCAUGUAUAGUUAAAUUAAGCACAUAUAAUGGCAUUCUAAGGUGUCCUGGAAUUAAAUAUUAUAUUAGGUGUAUGUUUUGUUAAAUAACUUUAGUCAUAGACAGGAAGUUCAUGCUUUCCCACUGCCAUUGUUUGGCGGUCUAUAAAUAGUAUCUAUAUUUAUACACAGAUAAACUGUAUACAUUGAAACUUGUAAUUAUGGGAUGUUGGGGAUGCUUUCAGGCUCAGAUCGUAUUUUGUCUAAACUUUCUUUCUCUUAUAUUCACUUGCAAUAGAUUCCUGGCUCAAGAGUGUGAUAGGACCUUGUCUUGCUGGUACAACAGCCACUAUAACAAUUAUCAAACAAGGAAAACUCUACAGUGGACAUGUUGGUCAUUCUGCACUUGUUCUAGGGGAAAAUGAUUUAUGUGGUGGAGGGAAUCUUUUCCAGGCUAUUUGUAUUACAAAGGUAAGUUAGUUUAUAAAAUAAAGAAUUAAUUAUCAAGUAUUUGUAUUGCAAUAUAAAAUAUAAUUAUUUUAAAAUUUUUAUUCAAGAAAGGAUAAUUGGAUUUCCAGGACAGAUAUAUACAAUAAAUAGUCAAUAAUUAGAUUAAAUGACAAUGUAUUUAAUUUUUGCAAUGGCUUUCUAAAGACUUUAUGCUUACAAUACUAUUUCUUCCACUAGGACCACAAACCUGAUGAUCCAGAUGAACGUCUUCGCAUAGAGGACUCCGGUGGGAAAGUUAUUGUUAAAAGUGGUGUGCCACGAGUAGUAUCCAGAAAACCAAGAACGAAUCGUGAAAAAUUUCCUACUUUGGCAGUUGCCAGGUCUCUAGGUACAUUAAGACAAAUAUUUGUAUUAUACAGCUUUAUGAACCCUUCCUAUUCACUAAUUCUGUUACCUAUUAUAAAACCAGGGGCCUUCUGAUAUAAUAGCUUUUAAAAUGGACAAGACUUUCGUAGAUGUAAUGGAAGUAUUAGCCUUUUAUGUCAGUGGGGGUCUGUUAGAUUUCAAAUACUUAAUUAACAUUGUUACUAAGCCAAGAACUGCAAGUUGAUUUUAUUUCGUACUUGAAAUUUUUCAGCAAUUUUUUAAGGGGCUGGAAUAAACUUAGUAGUUGUUGGUAUUCAAGUACAGCAGCUAUCACAGUGGGGAAGGUUAACCCUGAUGUUAAAACCUCAAUGUAUUAUCCUCUUCUGAUGUUUUUGGUGUUAUAUUUUCAAGCUUAAAUGUGCACAUCAACUGGUUCUCUUUUUAUAAAAAAACACGAUUGCCUUGGCUUGGGAAUAUUAUUCACAAUAUAACUUGGAUAAAUUAUUUGUAUUCAUUUAUAUUGCUGCCCUGCAGUCUUUGUUUUUUGGUUUUUUUUGGGGGGGGGGGUGUGCUACAGAUUGUGUUAGAAUUUUUUUUAAAUGUUUGUAUAGUGACCAGUUGUCAUCUGCCCAUUAUUGCAACUGGUUGGUAGUUAUGUUUGCAAUCCAUACAUUUACCAUUAGUGUAUCAUUAAUAUUAUUCACAAUAUAACUUGGAUAAAUUAUUUGUAUUCAUUUAUAUUGCUGCCCUGCAGUCUUUGUUUUUUGGUUUUUUUUUGGGGGGGGGGUGUGCUACAGAUUGUGUUAGAAUUUUUUUUAAAUGUUUGUAUAGUGACCAGUUGUCAUCUGCCCAUGAUUGCAACUGGUUGGUAGUUAUGUUUGCCAUCCAUACAUUUACCAUUAGUGUAUCAUGUAAAUGCAUGGUGCAUCUUCCUCUAAAUUAAAGAUCACUUCCCAUCUUUCUACAUGUUUCAAAUAUUUGACAAUCUGAUGGGCACUUGUUACUAUUUCUUAACCUGAUCAUAGUGAGUCUAAUAUACAUUUACCAUUACUACCUGUAAACCAAAUAAUAAAGUAAUAUUUUAAUUUUAAAAUAACAUUAACACUGUAUAUUAUUGACAGAUUUUAAAUACAAUUGGCAUUUGAAAGUUAAAUGCAUUUGCAAACAGCCCCUUAGGGUUUUGGUUCAACCCUUCUAGGUAAUAUAAUUAUUUUAAAAACUUACCAUUCCCCAGGUGACUUGUGGAGCUUUGACAAUGACACUCAAAAAUACAUUGUGUCACCUGAUCCAGAUGUUGGUGUCCUUAAAUUGGAUCCCAACAAGCACCGCUGUUUAGUUUUGGCUUCAGAUGGCUUAUGGAACGUGCUGUCACCAGAAGAGUCUGUCAACAUGGUCAUGGAUGUUGAAGCUAAAUUUGAACAAGGAAUUAUAAAUGAUCCUGUAAGUAUUUUAAUGGUCACAUGUGCAUUUUUUUGCCCACCACCACCACUGUGAAUAGGUGAAAUAUCCAUGGCAUAACAAAUGUCCUACCAGAUAUCUAUUUUUCUAUUUAGCUCAGUUGGUAAAGAAGAGCUAUUGGUUGCAUUGUCCUGAUUUGGCCACUCAGGAGCCAUUGAUAUAUUAUGUAUGGACUAAUGGUGAAGAGGUGUUGCAUUUGGAUAUGAAGGAUAUAGAAAUUGUCAUGCUAGUGUUGCAAAAAGCAUGGACAUAAAUGCACCAAUUCUGUCAUUGUUAUCCUGAAAUUCUGACAGUUUCUAAUAUCUCUUGUAAACUUAGGUUUACCUCGGUUUAUUUGAAAUCUUUGAUUUCUAGUUUCUUUUUAACAAAGUCUUUAAAAAUGGCAUGUUUCGUAUUUCUAGUCAUACUGUUGAUCUGUGUUUUCACAAAUAACUCACUGGUUAUAGCUAAAGUAAUAUUUAGCAUAGUGACUGAUUGCGUCAGCCAUGCAUGUGACAAAAAUUGUGGAAAAGGGAAACAAAGGAGUGGGGUGGAUUACCCACAACAAUUUUGUCCACUUGCUGCCACAAACAAUGCAGCACAUCCAUAUUAAGUAAAAAGUACAUUACACUCCCCUCUCUUCAUAUGCCACUGUCCAAGAAACUAUUAUGACCUCCUAUAUUCUUCAUAUUUAUUGCCUCACAGAGCUCCAUGUGGGGCAUAUGCCACAAUUUAGGAUAUGCACAAUGUCAUAUGUCUUGUAUAUCUAAGUCUAAAUAAAUUAAUUUUUUAGGAGGUGUGGGGAGGGUUAUCAAGUGCUCAUUGUGUGCACACAUAGGGCAUGCAAAAAAAGAAGGGGAUUGCUUUAAUUUGACUUUUUUCCUUACAUAAUAUAUGGAUGGCCUAUUAGUUUGCUUUCAACUGUUUGCUCAUAUUUGUAACCGGGAUGAAACUUUCCACCAUUUUCAAGAGAAUUCUAAUUGCUCAUUGGAAUAUCCUCACCACUCUACUUUUAACUCUAAUUUUCUCCACACAUUUACUUUUAAUGAAACAUGACACCAUAAACAUUCCAGCACAUUAUAUAAUACCUUCAGUUAUGCUAUUGGCCUUAACAUCACAACUGACUUACAACAACAAUUGUCACAUUCACCAUUCUUUUUCAGUCUCAUAACAAGUAUGUGCACCGCUAAACAAAAAUUAUUCACAGUAAACUUGUCCUUCAAUUCCCUGUAUGUAGCUGAGGUUUAGAUAAUGGCAUUAUCAUAAAACGUCCACACCAAUUUUACAUUUUAAAAGCAAACAGCUACAUCAAGGUAUUUAAUUUUUUCAAAUAUUUUUAUUUAUUUCCAAGAAUGUUGAUGUUGGUCCCUGGAGCAACUCUGCAGAACAACUGGUGUCAAGAGCAUUGGAGAAAUGGCAGUCAAAAGCCUUAAUAGCUGACAACACAUCUUGUGUAGUAGUGGUAAUUGACACACUUCAGCCAUCUAAACUAACCUUAUGGAAACAACAAAGACAAGAAUUAUCAUCAGGCGCGGAGAUGCUCUGUCAGUUGAAUAAAACGCCACGUUGUCCUGAUGAAAAGUUUGGCGAUAAAAAUACCCACUGCAGUUUACGUGAGGGUCAUAUUUCGGUGGCGGAUCAUUCCAUGAUUCAGCCUGUUGACCAGGAACCAAAUGUGCUUGGGUGUUCAUUAACUGUUGGUUCACACUCAACGGCUAUUAAAGAAAGCCACAAUGAUAAUAUUGAUAGCCUGCAAAGUAUACAGAAAUCCUGUGUUAAAAGUCUCAUAUGCUCUAAUUAUAAUGCUGAGAUUGAGUCCGCAGAUAGUUUAAAAAAUAAUCGUCACUUUUUACAGAGAAUUCCAUCUGAUCGAAAUGACCACCUUAGAAGAUUGACCAAUCUUUAUUCAUGUGGAAGUCAAAACCAAAUAGAUGGACAUGUUACAGAGUUCUCUGACAAUCGUGCCUCUACUAGUGGGAAUGACAUUCAAAUUUUCAAGAGGGUGAAAAAACCUUGGGCACUUAAGCGUGAAAUGGCGUUUGUUUGUAAAGGAAAAAUCGGAGUGAAAAUUUGGGCACUUAACCGUGAAAUGACAGUUGAGUGUAAAGUAAAAGAUGUAACGAAAACACCCUGGGCACUAAGGCAUGAAAAGAGACUUGAGAUUAACGCUAAUAAUAGAUGGUAUAAAUGGAUUCAAAGAUUGUGAUAUUAGAUAGUGUGAUUGUAAUACUGUUUAGUGCCAACAUGCCAAGUGACUGUGAAGGCAGUCUUGAUAGUGUGAUUGUAAUACUGUUUAGUGCCAACAUGCCAAGUGACUGUGAAGGCAGACUUGAUAGUGUGAUUGUAAUACUGUUUAGUGCCAACAUGCCAAGUGACUGUGAAGGCAGUCUUGAUAGUGUGAUUGUAAUACUGUUUAGUGCCAACAUGCCAAGUGACUGUGAAGGCAGACUUGAUAGUGUGAUUGUAAUACUGUUUAGUGCCAACAUGCCAAGUGACUGUGAAGGCAGUCUUGAUAGUGUGAUUGUAAUACUGUUUAGUGCCAACAUGCCAAGUGACUGUGAAGGCAGUCUUGAUAGUGUGAUUGUAAUACUGUUUAGUGCCAACAUGCCAAGUGACUGUGAAGGCAGUCUUGAUGGAUAUAUUUUGCUGUAGUGUUAAUUUUACAUUUAAACUUGGUCUUUUCACCUGUUUCAAUUGAUUUUUAAAAAACAUGCAAGUUUUGACUGAUGUUAAUUGCUUCCUACUACGCCUACCUGACGGCAACACAACCUGGGAACUGUUUGAUAAAAUAUGAUCCCAACUAUUCUGUGGUCUGUAUAACAACUAAUCUUUAUUCCUCAUUCUACAUUCAUUUUAUACCUCACAUUGCAUGAUCACUCACUCCGUUUCUCCAACCGAUAUUCACACCUUUAAGUUUAAACAUUCAUGAAAACAACUCACCAAGUCCCAGCAUACAACAUACAACAACACGGGAUUCGGAAAUUUGUUUGAAAGAAAUUUCAUCAACGGAAAUUUGAUCAAACAAAAGUUUUCAGUUUACACGAUCGAAUUUAAUUUUAACGCAUUCUUUUGUUUACUAUAUAGUAUAGUGUGUUCAAAGAGAAAUUUGACGAAAAUAUGAUUGUGUAAACUGAUAAAAAUAUUUGACCAAAUUUCCGUUUGAUCAAUUUUUCAUCUACGAAGUUUAACAAUAAUUGUCAGUCAUACAUACUAUUACAGUAACUAAUAAUUCAUGUAAACCAUAUUGUAUUGUUGUACAUUACAUAAUUCUGUUUUUUAAAUUUUAUUCAUUGAGUUUUUUUAAAUAUUGUUUUAAGAGCCAACAUAAAACACAAUACAUGAUUUUGUAAAUAAAUGUUUCUUGCUGUAAUGUCACUCUUGUCCCAGGUCUUUAACACUAUUGACAUUCUUUGUGCUAAAUUAUAGUAUUAUAACUCAGGUAUUUUAAAUGUUAGUUAAUGUAUGUGGCCUGGUGCUCUAACAUUUAUCACUUACACUAUUGGUACACUAUUGGUACACAUAUCUUUUUUUUUUAUGUUCAUG